GAGCUGUCAUGUGACUCGGCUCACCGGCGGUUUGUUCAUUUCUGGUUCUCGGGUCAGGAGGUUCUCUGAGGUAGACACACUCGGUGAACUGAGAGCUGGUUCUGGUCGUUACUUACAAGUUGGUAGAAGAUUGGAGUGUGACUGAAUCCAACUCCUCGGUGUUUCCAGCCUUUUCCACUUUCUAUCGCGGCUUCAAAUACCCGAUGAAGGAGCAGCGCUUCGAAAGUUCGUGGUUUCACGUAAACCUGUUGGUAAAUACAGUGGUACCGGGACUGCAGAGAACAACAGGAGGAAGUCUUUCAGGCCCUCCAGCCUGUUUCACAAUUCGGCACACCUCACACAGCCUUUCGCUACUAUUUUUAAUCCUAUUUACCAACAACUACCUCAACAUUUAGUGUUAGCGUGGACAAAGUGAACCACAACUUCAAGAUCAACUGCCUCGUCAUCAUGUUCCUACAACAUUACAAAGCAGAAAAAUGUGCUCUUGCUCCAGGAAAUGAAGGAAAGGUGCUAGCAGGAUUUCCAACUGUCACAAAGCCAAGAAUGCCUGCAACUAAUGUUAUUAAAAAUGGAGCAAUCCUUCUUAGUGUCAUUUUAGUUGUUGUAAUUACAUACCAUAGUUAUUUUACUCUCGAGUCUCAAGUGAUUCCUCGGCAUGUUAAAAUGAGGAUGUUUAAACUAGAUUUAUUGUGGCAAUACCCACAUGAUAAAAACAGAACAGAGACUUCAGAAAUACUGAACCAGCUGCCAUUCAAUUACAGUCAUCACAGUGACUCCCAAUGUGAUAUUGAUCCAAAUAGUAGAUUUGAUUGUGCUUUCAAUGAAGCGAUUGACAUGACCAAAUGUCAGAGUCGUGGCUGCUGUUGGAAUUCAGCAGCCAAAGCUGGUUCUCCACCCUGUUUCUUGCCAUCAAACUAUCCUUCUUACCACAUGGAUUACCUUUCCCCAACAAGUACUGGCUACACAGCCUCACUGAGCCGCAGUGAGAUGACACUGUUCCCAAAUGACAUAAUGACACUUCAGUUGAAUGUAAUGUAUGAGACAUCUGGCAGACUUCAUUUUACUCUUAAGGAUCCAAGACGUAAACAGUACGAGGUUCCUAUUGAUGUUCCUAACGUCACUGAUAAAGCUCCAACUCAACUCUAUACUGUUAGAUUUUCAUCUAGACCUUUUGGUAUCAUUGUACAGAGGAAAUCAAAUGGUCUGGUUCUCCUGAACACAACAGUGGGGCCAUUGUUUUAUGCUGAUCAGUUUCUGCAGAUCUCCACCUCCCUGGCCUCAAAGUACAUCUCGGGUCUGGGAGAGCACAUGACAAAUUUGAUUCUCAAUCUCAACUGGAAUCGACUAACACACUGGAACAGAGAUCAAGGACCUCAUCCACAUGCCAAUUUAUAUGGCUCACAUCCUUUCUACUUGGUGAUGGAAGAAGAUGGAAAAGCUCAUGGUGUUUUCCUGUUCAACAGUAAUGCCAAGGAUGUAUUACUUCAGCCAGCCCCCGCCCUGACCUGGAGAACAAUUGGAGGAAUCUUUGAUUUUUAUGUGUUCUUGGGUCCAGAUCCAAAAACAGUGAUAAGGCAGUACAUGGAUGUUAUUGGUUAUCCUAUAAUGCCUCCAUACUGGAGUCUGGGAUUUCAUCUAUGUCAGUAUGGUUACUUCAGCACCAACGUCACAAGACAAGUUGUGGCAAACAUGAGCAAAGCCAAUAUGCCUCAGGAUGUACAGUGGAAUGACAUUGAUUAUAUGGAUAAAAGAAAGGACUUUACUUAUAACUUACAGCACUAUGGGGACUAUCCACAGAUGGUAAAUGAGUUCCACCAGAAGGGGUUGAAGUACGUCAUGAUUGUGGAUCCAGGAAUCAGCAGUACCCAGGCAGCAGGGUCAUACAAGCCAUAUGAUGACGGUGUGAAGAGAGGUGUUUUCAUUAAGAAUGAAACUGGCCAACCAUUGAUUGGAAAGGUUUGGCCUGGCCCAACUGCUUUCCCAGAUUUUACAAACCCAGAGACUCAUGACUGGUGGUAUGAAAAUCUUAAGGAGUUUCAUAAUAAAGUGUCCUUUGAUGGGAUGUGGAUUGAUAUGAAUGAACCAUCCAACUUUGUUACUGGAGCAAUAAAUGGUUGUCCAAACAACAGUUUAGAAUAUCCUCCUUAUGUACCAGGUGUGACUGGGGGAUAUCUGAGGUCCCGGACUGUGUGUAUGUCUGGACAACAGCAUUUAUCAUCACAUUAUAACCUCCACAACCUAUAUGGGUUGACUGAGGCCAUUGCUUCCCAUGAUGCUCUGAUCAAGGUGAUAGGAAAACGUCCAUUUGUGAUAUCACGGUCCACUUUCCCAAGUCAUGGUCGCUAUGCUGGACACUGGACUGGGGACAUUGAAAGUACUUGGAGUGACAUGUAUUAUACUAUCCCAGCAAUAAUGCUGUUUAACAUGUUUGGGGUUCCUCUUGUUGGAGCGGAUAUCUGUGGUUUUGGUUUGCCCACCACUGAAGAACUCUGUGUGCGUUGGAUGCAACUUGGAUCAUUCUACCCAUUUAUGCGGAAUCACAAUGCCCUGCAUCAGCCGCCCCAGGAACCAUAUGUCUUCAGUGAAUCAGCACAAUCAGCAAUGCGGAAAGCCCUCUUCAAUAGAUACAUGCUGCUGCCUUUCCUGUAUACGCUUUUCCAUAAAGCACACUCUGCCGGAGAAAUGGUGGUUCGGCCACUGUCUUUUGAAUUCCCACAAGAUCCAAACACAUUAAGCAUUGAUCGUCAGUUCAUGUGGGGUGAGGCACUUCUUAUCACACCAGUAUUGAAGCCUAAAACCGUGGAAGUGGCUGGCUAUUUUCCUGCAGCAACAUGGUACAAUCUAUACAAUGGUUCUUCAAUUCGUAGUAAGGGUCAGUAUGUUACACUACAGGCGCCCUUGGAUACAAUAAAUGUUCAUGUACGAGGAGGCUGCGUUGUGCCUAUGCAGGAACCCAAUGCAACCACUGCUGUCUCUCGUGGCAACCCUUUUGGUCUGAUGGUGGCACUCUCUGACCAGGGAAUUGCUCGAGGAGAACUCUUCUGGGAUGAUGGUGAUCGCCUGCUGAGUUAUGAAAAUGGUGAUUAUACAGAAAUUAUCUUCAUGGCAAAAAAUAAUAUACUGUUCAGUGAAAUAAUCCAUUUGAACAGCCAGAUUGACGGGUUGAAACUGAGCAGCAUCUAUGUCUUUGGAGUUCCAUCUCCCCCACGGAAAGUUUCUAUUAAUGGAUUCUGGAUCACGGACUUCUCCUACAGAACAGACACAAAGGUGCUGACAUUGUGGAAUCUGUCUAUUCUGUUGGGAGAACCAUUUACAAUUACAUGGACCUGAAUAAAGUGAUGUAAAAUCUGCUAUUGAGAACGUCUCCAGAACAGAAUAAUUAUGCUCAUAAAAUUGUGGUAAAGGAGGUGAAAGAAGGGAUAUGGAUUCUAGUUGUUAAUUUAACAAAAAAUGCUGUAUAUCAUUUGAAAUGCAAUUGUUAAUGAUAAAGAGAAAAUCUUUUCUGCUUGAACAAAAUCCUGAUUAAACUUGUUCUGAAUAUUUUGGAUGGAUGGAAUUGUGGGAUGGGCAAGGAGUUUGGAGGCUAGUGUUCCUCUUUGAAGAACUGUGACAAUCAUAAGGUGCUUUGAAGUAUUACAAAAAUGUGGAAAGGCCUAAUUUGCUAAUUGUCUCCAACAGACUCAUUGAUCCAUCUUGCACCACAGCUGUUUUCACUGUUGUCUCUUAUACAAUCAAAAGGAUUAAUGUUUUCUUUUACUACUGAAUUCCUUCUGUAAAAUGUCAAUGGAUCUGCAGCAUAUUUUUUAAUGUUACAGCAUUUCUAACUGCUACUAUUUAUUGAGCUUUUCUUAAUUCUUGGACCUCCGUGAUACUGCAGGAGCAUAAUUAUGCAAAGGAUUUGAACUGAUUUGGUCAAUCAUAUUCAAUUGGUUCUAAUUUUCAAAAAGCAGGGAGAUUUGUAGCAGUUUUAUUUGCGGGUGAUUUUGGUCAGAUUUUUAGUGAAGUUAUUUAUUAAAAUGUGCUUCUUCAGUUGUAACUAUGCAAGGUAGUUGUAUGCUAACCUGAUUUUUUUAGGUUAUUUAAUUAUCCUGUAAUAACCUAUAAACUAAUCUUACUACAUAACAAGAAUCACUCUUCAGUGUUAUUUGAGGUAAUUUGGAAAAUUUCUAGGAGACGGGAAUGGCUUGUUUAUAGAAGUGAAAAUUCAUUUUGGAAGUUAUUCAUUGAACAAUUAUUGCUGAUGAGACAAAGUCACUGUAUCAUCAUGAUUAGCUAGACAAAAAGCAACAAAGGAAAUCAAAAUUAUUUUACUUGCCAAUUAUGACCUGCAAUGCAUUGCCUGAGAGGAGAGUGGAAGCAAUUUCACUAUUAAGUUUCAAGGAGGAAUUGGAUACCUGCUUGAAAGAGAAAUAUUUCAUAGGACAAAUUAGUAGUUAUUUAAGAAAUUCAACAGAUGCAACAGGCUGAAUGACUGUACCCUCAAGACGCUAUUUGACAGUAGAUCUAACCAAUUGCUUCAGUUCUGAGUGAAAGAAGAAUCUUUAUUGCAAUAUGCACUGCUAUUGAAUUAUUUUCUUUUUGGAAGUUGAAUGUAUGCAUUUACUGAUUCACAUAGGAAUAUGUUAGUACAUUUAUGGCUAUUAUAUUUGUGUUCAUUUUGGAAUUGUUUGGAGGGAAGAUAGAAUUUGACAAGUUCUGUCAAGUCAGGAUGCUAUUUGCAACUUUGCAUCAUUCACUGCAUUUUACACGUUACAGGAGAAAUAGGAAACUUGUAGUAAUUUUUGAAACCACUUUAUCAACAUCCUGGUUUGAAAAGAAUAGUGAUCUGUUUAUAGCAGAGAACUGCUUCCUGAUCAAGAUUCUGAUCCAUGUCAGCAGAAAGAAGUUCCAUGGUGCAUUGCAAACUAGCAUUAAUGUGUAAGUAUUAAACUGUUUAAUCCAUA